GUCUUUUCAUUUUUCUUUAUAGAUUAACGCCUUCCUCUCGUUGGUCUAUCUCAUCCCUAAUGGCCUUGGAUUGGUGUUGCGUGGCCCGGGGACCCUACCGGUCUAUAGAAGACUGAGGCCUAAGGUGAUGAGUGUCAGCCUCGCCUAUACAUCACAGAGAUACAUAGGCAGCUUCAGAUACCUCCGGCUCUGGUACACCUAUCGUCACUUCCAACCUCACGACCACUGUGCCUCCUGCCUGAAUUAUUGGCCCUAGCUUGCCUUCGCUUCGUGCUCUGUCCAUGCUAUACGAAGGCCAUCUUAACCAUGUCAUCUGCCCGUACCAUCUCCAAGAGGCCACCCAAGCUUCGUGCUGCCUGCAAUGAGUGUCAUUCCGCUAAGGUCCGCUGCUCAGGAGAGAAAACCGGCUGUCAACGCUGCGCUAAUCUUGGCUUGGACUGUAUCUUCUCAAUCUCGAGGAUCGGGAAGGUGCCUGGGAAACGAAGCAAAGCCAACCGUGCAGCAGCAGCUGCUGCUGCAGCCGCCGCUGCUUCUGCCGUUACCGCUCCCCCAUCAUCCGCAUCGCUCACGUCGCCCUCACGCCUGGAGUCCACAAAUGAAGCAAUUCCAUCCUUUCAGCCAUUUGCACACGCUAUCAAGGAUGAAGGGGGCUCAGGGGUGACUCCUUCGGCGCGCCGUGCCCCGUCCCACUUCGCUGUAGAUCCCAUAAUCACCCCGUUGGUGGUGCACGAUUAUUCGAGCAGCAUGCUAUUUUACCCAGGUGAUAACUAUACACCGGACGGUCUCUCCCUCGCAGUCACGGUGCCCACUUCAACACACAAUAUAUCUCGUCCCCUGGGUCCUAAUAUGGACCUCGGCCUCCAAGAACCAGGCAACUUCUGCUGGACCUCCGACCUGGAGCCCCUCAGCGCCAAUAGUCUCCCAACACCGGGACUAGAAAUGUCAGCGAGUAGAGGCUCCCUGAGUCUCGACCGUCGCCUCAGCCACGACUGGGAGAUAGAGACGAACGUCGCCAACGGCAGCUGCGACCCCAGCCGAUCUUGCACGGCUUCGAUCCGGCAGCCGGCAACUCCACCAGAGUACCUAGCCGACGAAGGAGUUUACCGGGUCGGCGCUCUGGAAAAUAUGGGUCCCGAAACGAGCUACACAGUAUACUUACAGUUGCUGCACAACAUCGAACAGACGCUCCUCAUGGGCCGACAGCGCACAAAGGAGAACCAUACGCUCGAUGCCGUCCUAGCUGCCAACCAGCAAUAUCUGACGACUCUCCUGCAGCUGACCGAGUGCCUGAGUUUCGAGCAGAUGUACGACGGCCACCUGCUGUUCACAGUUGCUCUGAGCAAAAUCAUCACCCUCUUCAGCUUCGGAUACCGCGACUUCACCCUGCGGUCUGAAGCACACCAGUCCAUAGGCUAUGCGGAGCGUCUGAUCCGCUUCGGCGUGUUCGAGAUCGACUUCGUCGAGCAAAAGGCUAUCUGUGAGGGCAUUUUCCUCAGGGAGCUGAAGCGCGCGGGGGUGUGUCUGUCCAGGUUGAUGGAUGCUUUGUGUCGGGAAAAGUUCUCCUAUGCCCAUGGUCGACACGAACGGUUAUGUGAGGAGAUGAAGCAGCAUUUGGACCAAUUAACGAGUGCAUUGGAGGCAAGCGCGGCAUGACCUUUCUUCUUCCCCCUCUUUUCUAUAAUAAUCUUCUAUAUCGAUUAAUAACGCACAAACUGAAGGUGAUUGGAAUUGGUU